AUGACGCUAGGCAAUUCUGAAAAUCAGACCGUUCCAAACAGUCACAAUAUGCAUCAUCAUGAAACGCACCACGAAACAAGACACCUUACACAGGUUUUGAAACGCGCCGAAAGUGAAGGUACAAAUGUCGCCGCCAAAGGUUGCUGUCUUCAAUCGACUAGAUAUGUAAGUUUAACAGAGAAGAUCGAGAAACGUAUAGAAAACAAUGAUCGUUGGUAUUCGCUGGAAUUUUUUCCACCACGUACACCAAGCGGUGCAGCAAAUCUUAUCGGAUGUUUCGAUCGAAUGGCUGCUGGCCAACCGUUAUUUUGUGACAUAACCUGGCAUCCAGCAGGUGAUCCAGCGAGUGAUAAAGAAACAAGUUCCAUGAUGAUCGCUAAUACAAUGCUGAACUAUUGUGGUAUUGACACCAUGUUACAUAUUACAUGCUAUGGUGCUAAGAAAGAAGCUAUGUUAAGUUAUCUUAACAAAGCGAAAGAUUUUGGAAUUAGAAAUCUGUUAGCGUUACGUGGAGAUCCGCCGGUCGGUGAAGAAUGGGAUCCGAAUAAGAGCGAUUUUCGAUAUGGACUUGAUUUAGUUAAAUUCAUUCGACAACAUUUCGGAGACUAUUUCGUUAUUUGUGUUGCUGGUUAUCCGCAAGGUCACCCCGAUUCCGUAUCGUACGAAGAAGAUCUUGGCUAUUUGAAAGAAAAAGUUGAUCACGGUGCAGAUUUUGUCAUCACGCAACUUUUCUUCCAAGCCGAAACAUUCAUCAAAUUCGAAUCUGACUGUCGAGCUAUAGGUAUUACAUGUCCAAUCAUUCCUGGCAUAUUUCCGAUUCAAGGUUAUGCCAGUCUUCGUAAUAUCGUUCGUUUGGCUAAACUUGAUGUACCAAAAGAAAUCCUUGCUUGUAUCGAACCUAUCAAAGACAACGACGAAGCUAUUCGACAUUUUGGUGUUCAAACAUGUUUGGAUCUGUGUCGUGAUUUGCUUGAAUCUGGUAAAGUUCAUGGUUUGCAUUUCUAUACAUUGAAUCGAGAAUUUGCGACGAUCGAAGUCUUGAAAAAGCUCGGCCUUUGGUUAGAAGAACAACCAAUGCGUGCUUUACCAUGGAAGAAAACUUCAAGUAACUUUUCACGUUCAAAGGAGAACGUUCGGCCUAUCUUUUGGAGUAUACGACCGAAAUCGUAUGUUCAUCGAACAUCGAACUGGAAUGAGUUUCCUAACGGACGUUGGGGUUUAUCAUCUGCACCGUCGUUUGGUAUGCUGACUGAUUAUCACUUAUUUUACAUGAAACUCGAUGCGUCGCGAGAUGAAUUGCUUGAUGAAUGGGGACGAGAGUUAACUUGUGAAGAAGACGUUUGGCGUAUGUUUGCAUGUUACAUCAGUGGAGAAAAGAAUCAAAUUGGUAAAGUUAUCCGUCAUUUUCCAUGGACAGACGAGGAGUUAUCGUCGGAAACCUCAUUGAUUCAAACGAAUUUAGUCGAAAUAAAUCGACGUGGAGUAUUAACAAUCAAUUCUCAACCAGCUGUAAAUGGAAAGCCAAGUUCUGAUCCUAUUGUCGGCUGGGGUACACUCGAUGGUUAUGUGUAUCAAAAGGCUUAUUUGGAAUUUUUCACGAGCGCCGAUAACAUUCCAGCACUACGACAUGUAUUAAAAAGUUUUCCCAAUGUUAAUUACCAUUUUGUGAAUAAAUCGGGUAAAGUCAAUGAAACCAACAUCGAUGAUGAACAGCCAAUCGCUGUUACAUGGGGUGUUUUCACAGGUCGAGAAAUCAUUCAACCAACUGUUGUUGAUUCCGUCAGCUUCAUGAUCUGGAAGGAUGAAGCUUUCAGUCUAUGGACUGAGCGUUGGGGUAAAUUGUAUGAACCAGAGUCGCGUUCACACGCAAUCAUUGAAAAUAUUGCCGAUACUUACUUUUUGGUGAACUUAGUUGACAAUGCUUAUCCAGAAGGUUCCAGUCUCUGGACAAUCUUAGAAGCGAUGUUCGAAUACCAAAAAAACGCCAAGAAUACCAACAAUGCUUCAUAA